GAGCUGCUGCCACAGAAGGCCAAGGACUGGACACGUGGAGCAGGGCCGCUCCACUGGGCCUUUGCCCUGUACGCCCACCACGAGGUUGCAGAUGGAGAACAUGGCGGCGGCGCGGGCAGGGCCUUCAACGACCACCAGCACGACGGCAUCGGGGCCCUCCGCUCCGCGAGCGAGGCCGUGAAGCGAGCCGUGGAUGUCAAGGUGGUCGUGCACGAGCUGGAGGACCCGUGGGCAUACGCGGCGGCAAAGUACCCCAACUUGGAUUGGCAGCACGCAUACUUGGACGGGCAGGGCAAACACCGUGGACUUUGCGAGCUGGCGGCGGCGCAGCUGGUCCGGUAUGUUCCGGUGGAGGGGGGUGAGAAGAGGACCACCUACGAAAGCUUCGAGAAGGGAGGCUUCUGGCUGGUGCGAAACCGGGACGACUUGGGCCAGACCGUGGAAGACCUGAUGCGCAAGAUGUGUUGCCCGGUCUUCGAGACAGGCGAUGAGAACUACGCCCGCAGAUGGCGCCUCGACGGCGACGAGACACGGCACAAAAUCCUCUUUUGCGACGGCAUGCUGUACGAUUUCAAGGCGACCUCAGAGAUGUGGCAGCCGAGCAAGGCGACCAAGCUCUUCGAGCACAUCCUGGCUUUCUUGAAGGUCAUCGAGUGCUUCGAGGAAUUGGAGCAGGACGGGUGCGAGAUCCUCCGUCUCAUGAGCAGGGCCAUCUCCGCGACGCCGCGGUUCUGCGAGAUGUACUACAUCUGGGGAAGCCAGGAUUCCGGGAAGGACACCAAGGUGAAGAUGUUGCACGCCUUCCUCGGUCACGGCAAGGACAACUACGGGGCGCAGCUUCCGGGAAACUAUGUGGUGCAACAGACUCGCUACCUGACCGCGAAGGACGGACCCGCGCCUUACCAUGCAAGGACUCUAGGCAAGCGGCUGGCCUGA